GGGGUUGGGUCCCCUCUGAGCUGCCGGGGGCUUCUCGCGUCGGUGUCGGCUGCGGGAUCGGGGUUUGCCCUCCGAAAAUAGCGGUGAUUAACCCGCGGCCGAAAAUAGCCCCAGUGCCCGGCGUGGGCUGGGCGUUUUCCGCCAGCGUGGUGGUCCCGGGGGCCAGGGGGCGGGGAGGGGGCGAGCCUGGCUCGGGCUGGCGCUCGGGAGCAGAGACCUGACUCGGCUUGGUUUGGCUUGGCUCGGCUUGGUUUGGUGCAACUCUGUACGAAGUUGCAGCUGCUGGGCUGGGAAAGCGAGGUGUGCCUCUAAAAGUGAGCUGCUGCUCUGCACGGGUGCCGCUGUCGGUAGCGGUCCCCAAAAUCCCGGAGGUGCCGGGGAUGGCCUCGUUUCUCCAUUUUGUGGAGGUGCCUGGCGGUGCGGGGACCUCUCCGGCUCACGCUCUUUCUUGGAAAGCUAACAGAGAAAUGGGAAGAAAAAAAAUAAUCAGGAUUUCAGGAUUUUCACUGCUCUAUCGUGUAAGGGGGGUAGGCCUUAAGCAGUUGGGGAAAAAUAGCCAUACGUUUAAUUGUCUUAAGCUACGUGAGUUUAAGUGAAAACACUGGGUUAUGGUUGCGGCCUUUGUUUGUGCCUUGCCAUUAGUGGCUUACGGCGGACUUUCAAGUUUCGAGUUGCUGACUAAAUUUGUCAGUCUCAGCAGUGUCUAGCGCUCUGUCUUAACUGUGGGCUCAGAUAUUGCUUAAUUUGGUGACAGGAGAGCUGUAGGUAUUUUUCAGUGUGGUCUUCCUUCUACAAGGCAAAUAUAACGAAAUAUUGCUGCUGCCACCACCGCAGCUGUGGAUAAAACACAGUGGUAUUGGCAUCUUACUUGCGAGAGACUCAUCUGAGUGUGUUUUUUUUAAUAGCAUUUUCUUCAGAAAACAUUCCUUAUUUGCUACGUGGCAAAAGUGAAGAGAUUUGGGGCAGUCCUAGAAAACUAAAACAAAACAAAAAGAAAGAUAGAAGGCCAGAGAUAAGAGUGCUCCGGAUUUAAUGGGAGUGGUUUGUAGCUACAGCUGCCUGGUGUGAUAUCCAGCACGUACUUUACCAGCCAGUGCUGGUAGGAAUUAGGGGCUCGGCAGCUUUCCCUGUCCUGCCAGGGUAAGUCCAUGCUGGCUGGAAGCACCAGUUGUCCCUCGCAGAAGAUUUGGUACCAGAUCACACCAAUGUGUUCUGUUAGUAGUGGUUGUUACUGGGUAGGUAUUUGCAAACAGGUUUCCAAUAUGAGUCGGUGCUGAGGUCAGACCUUCAAUUGCUGCAGGUUUGUGUAAAGGGCUGCUCAAAUCUCAGGUGCUGGGAACAAGUUAGUUAGUACUGUAGUUACGCGUUUGGACUUGAACUCUAGAAGUAGAAGUGAUUUCCCCCUCCCCCAUCUAUAAAAUGAGUUUGGGGGGGACAUCUGGCUUUUAGUAUUAACUGGAAUCUAGAUUUGUAUGAAAACAUGCAUGUCUUCAGUACCAAAUUCUUCCUUUUCUCUUUAAAAAAGAAAAUUCAAAGUCAGUGUCUGUGUUCUCUUGCUUCCUCUUGUUCUUUUUUUCCACCUUUGGUUGAUGUGCUGUGCAUUUUGAUUGAAGUCACUGAGGGAUGCAGGAACAGCACCUCCAUAAGAACCCGAGUGUCUUGGUGACACCACAUAUCAAGCUGCGGGAGAGAUGGCCCUGGAGCUCCAGUAGCUCCUGUCUUCCACUUGCUGCGCCCCGCAGGCUGUCUGCGAAAUAACCUUGUCUGUACAGAUAACACGGCGUUGAUCUGCGUUGAGAGGCGUGUGUCUGUGCAGGAAGGGUGUAUGUGCUCGAGAGAGGUCUGCACUGGAGCUGAACAGCAGCACAAACGCUGACAAAGUUGAAAAAUGGUCUCCACUCACCUCCGUGGUAUGCGUGGAGACUGAAUCUUACCUCGCUAGGACUCGUAGCUCGCGUGUUGCACAACUGGGAGCCGUCCUUCAGUACAUCCAGACGGUACUGGUGAGACCAAAAAAGGCCUGUGUGUCAGGAAACAGGACCGGGAAUUGCUGAAGGAGGGUUUUUGCUUCUUCUGAGGGCAGCAGAUAGGAGUAGAAAUAAUCUUUUGAGGGAAGACCUAUUAUUCUAAUUACUGUUUUUAUUGGAUUCAGGCAGCUUCACACCGUAAGCAAGUGGUGCAGCAGCCGGGCGGCGUUGCAAGAGGUGGCGUUCCUGGUUAGCGUGUGUCUGUAGGACCGAAGGGUUAGUGUCAGUGGGGGGCUCCUGGCAGCUUGGCUGAAGUUAGCUUGCCUUCCUGGUGCUUUGUCUGGGUUAGGGCUGCCUUGAAACCAGACCUUGGUCCUCCAGCCCCCUGCUGCAGUCAGAGCUGUGUCUCCUGGCUUGCCGCUAGCACGUGAGCCGACAUCAUGUAGCAAUGUUUGCAGCUUUUGUGAUCGCCUAAUCCCUUUGGAAAAGAGCUGAUCACGUUGAUCACCUUGAUCCCAGCUAUUGUUUGGUGACUAGGGUGGAAGGGGCAGGCAGAAGAGCACUGAUAAAUAAUGUAUUUGGCAGCUGGUCAAAAAUUUGUCCUACAAAAUCCCAAUUUUACAGUCAUAAGGAUUGGAUUUAAGUGCUCGUAAUAAAAGUAAUGACUGUGAAUGUCUGCCAGUACUCCUGGAACCCGGCUGCUGAGCAUGUCACCAGGCAGCCACUAACACAGUGGAAUAAAAGUGUAGGCAGAGUUCAACAAGACUUCUGCAACUGUUUUGUGGAAACAGUUGCAAACGUCUUCCAAGCCACCAGCUAGUUGUCCAUAGCAGAACUUCUCUGCCCGCCUCCUUUUCUGGCUGCUUGUAGAUAAUGAAUAGAGGGGAUGAACAAAAUUGCCUCUCAUAGGGCUCCGCAGAAACUGUGCGUGCAGCAGCCGUGCAGUUUUCCCAUUGCCCUGCUUGGGAGACCUUUGCAGAGAGUUUCCCAGAAUCAAGAGUGCUGUUUGGUUGAUGGGUUGUUUCGAGUGGCCUGGAGGGAGGAGAGAAGCUGGCUGGAUAUCUUAUCCCAGUCCGCUGAUCUAGGAGAGCCUAAUAAAAUAGGGAAGGGUUGGAACCAAAACUGAAUCCAGAUGAUUCAUAUGACAAUAAAAAAGGAGAUCGAGUAAAUCUAUAGGUUAAGAUAGUGCGAGUUUUGGAGUGGCUGACCGGAUUUGGGCUGCAUCACUUGGGUCUUUCUGCCUCAUGUUUCUAAAUUUAGCAGCCUCUUUACAGCCUCUUCAAUCAGUACAGAUUUGUCCCACUGUUUAUGCUCAAUUCUGCCCUGCAUUAGCGUUCUGAUUUGCGUCCGAUUCAUUCAGUUCAUCGAGUAGCCCCAGCCAGUCUAACAGCAGCAAUUUCUGUAAACACAAACACGGGAAUGCCUUCUUGUCUUUCGGUGACAAAGAAUGAUAGACAGUGUUUUCAGUGCAUCAGGGUCCUGGGCCAGAUAUUCCCAUGUUCCAACACCUCCUUUGGAAAGAACUGAAUCUAGCUCUCUGACUUUUCUAUUUUUGCUUCCAAAGUAUGCAAAUGGAUGUUGGUCCCGGCAUGCAGGUACCUGAGUUCAGGCGGCGUACAUCAGCACGGUUCACUUUGCAGGAGCGUCUCAUUCAUGCUCAAAGGGUAAAAUCUGUAUUUGGAGAUGUAUGAACUUCUGAGUCAUGAGAAACCAGGCCCGCAAUCUCCGACCAUCUGUGAUCACAGAACCAGUUGCUCAGUUAAGUUCCAAAGGCGUGGGUUGUGUCAAAGAAAUAAGUGCAAUAUGUAGAGUAGGUCACCUUGGUGAUGGUUUUGGAAUAAGCUCCAAUUCCUGAAUUCGUGGCCGUUGCAUUAUUUGGCAGCCUCAUUUCAGCUGAUGCAUCCUUCUGAGUACAAGCAGUCUAUCAACAGAGAAGAGACACCAUUUGGAGCCAGUGUUAGUUUGUUUGUAAACAUUACUAAGAUUUCUGAGCGUAAGCAUGGGAGAAGUCUCAUCAGUCUUAAACACUUAGUCUGCUCCCACUGCUGCAGAUGGUGCUGAAACAAAGGCGCGGAUCCAUCGAUUGGCUUAGCCUUCCUGGUAGGUUAAAUGGGAGCUGUGGAAGAUACUUUGUAGGCGUUCCAGAUAGUGAGUAACGAGCGUGAUGGUUUGUCACUGGGAGAAAGGUUGUAUCUUCUGGUCUGAGGUGUUGAUACACCUCUUGUGUUUACAUAAAAUGAGUUGUCCUGUUAAUGGGUAGCAGCAUUCAAAUGAGAUGUGUUUAUGCAGUGUAUAAUAUAUGAGCCUGAAGCACGUAGGCUGUUCCAGCUGAGCCAGAUAGCCAUCGCUAGAGCACCUGCAGCUUUAGAAUAUGAAAGGAAUGCAGCACGCUGAGUGUAUGUAGACAUAAGUAUGUUUUUAUUGCUGUGUCUGAGGAGCAAACAGUCCAUCUUCUAGCCAGCAGAACUGGUGUUGGAGAUCUGGGUCAGGAGGCUGUUCAUGAAACAGGUGUGUGCAUGUGCGCGCACCUGUGGUUGGAGUCCAGCACGGGUCAGCUCUGGUUUGGUCGCAGUGUGACCUGUGCGAGGUGUACCAGGUUCUCAGCUCACUGAGAACACCUCCUGUUAGCGCUCACCAGCUUGCUCUUGAAGCAAGUUCAGUCCUCAGCGUAACUCUUUCAUUUCCCUCAGUGACUCUAUAUGAACAAGAAUGAGUUAUGUUGGCAGGCUGUUGUGAGGAAACCCUGUCCCAAGGAUGGGAUAGGGGAGCAAUCCUCCUUUGAAGGAUUUAAAAACAAUGGAAAAUACACAUUGCAAAACUGAAAUGCUUAGAAAGCUCCAAUAGUCUCCUAUGUACUUGCUUAGAUACCAAAGGCCGGAUUUGUAGAUGUAUUUAAGUAUGCAUAUGCAUCAGUUCCAUAUUUGCAAAACAGAGAAGUACAUAUAAUCCCAUCUCGGAGUUUGCAGGAUUAAUAUUCCACGUACUGAGAGCUGCGGAUACCCUCUGCAAUGCUGCUGAACGUUUUCUUGUGAGGUUGGUGAAAAUAAGUCUGCAUUCCAGGGAUGCAAGAGGAGCAACAGCCUGAGGCUGCUGCAGAUCCAAUGUCCUCCUCUGAUGCACCAGAAGAUGGACCAAAGGAAACGUCAAGUAUAUCGCAGAAUAUCUCUGAUGCAGAGGCAUUUAAAAUCCUUCUGGAGAUGAAGAUGAAGAAGAGGCAGAAAAAACCUUCUCUACCGAGCACUGUGACUGAGCUCGACACCGAGGAUGGUUCUAAGGUGUAUGUGGUUGGAACAGCCCACUUCAGUGACAGCAGCAAAAAGGAUGUAGUGAAGACAAUACAAGAAGUACAGCCUGAUGUGGUUGUGGUGGAGCUGUGCCAGUACAGAGUUUCCAUGUUAAAGAUGGAUGAAAAGACAUUACUAAAAGAAGCUAAAGAAAUAAAUCUGGAAAAACUGCAACAAGCUAUAAAGCAGAAUGGAGUCAUGUCUGGGUUGAUGCAAAUGCUGCUUCUGAAAGUGUCUGCUCACAUCACAGAACAGCUGGGAAUGGCCCCAGGAGGAGAAUUCAGGGAGGCUUUCAAAGAGGCUAGUAAAGUACCUUUCUGUAAAUUUCAUCUUGGAGACAGACCCAUCCCUGUUACGUUUAAGAGAGCAAUUGCUGCACUUUCUUUCUGGCAAAAAGUCAAGCUUGCUUGGGGCCUUUGCUUCUUAUCUGACCCAAUCAGUAAAGAUGAUGUGGAGAAAUGCAAGCAGAAGGACUUGCUGGAGCAGAUGAUGGCAGAAAUGAUUGGAGAAUUCCCUGAUCUUCAUCGAACGAUUGUCUCUGAACGAGAUAUUUACUUGACCUACAUGCUGAAGCAAGCAGCAAAGCAGAUAGAACUACCUCGAGCUUCAGAAACUGAACCUAGAAGAUAUAUCCCUGCUGUUGUAGUUGGUGUGGUUGGGAUGGGUCAUGUACCUGGAAUUGAAAAGAACUGGAACUCUGACUUAAAUAUCCAGGAAAUAAUGAGCGUGCCUCCUCCGUCAGCUUCCAGUAAGAUUUUCAAACUUGUCAUAAAAGCAACAGUUUUUGGACUGAUGGGAUAUGGCUGCUACCGGAUAGGUCAAAGGACAGUUCAGUUCAUUCUCUCGAUGCCAGCAGCACAGAGCUAUCUGCAGAAGCUGACAGAAAUAAGGUCUCAGCAUUGAACACCCAGCGGAGGCACAACGUGAAGAAGGUGGCUGACAAGAGUGAUGGAGGCAACAGAUGGGAACCAGACUGAACGAAGAGGGAAAUGAGGAUUCUAGCCCAGAGGUGAUUGCUGAGCAAAGCUGAAUUGCUGUAUAAUAAAAGAUUUGAUACUGAUGUUACACCAGCUAUAUGAUCUAAUGAGUAAGCUUGAUUCCUGGUGUGUUGCAUGAAACCACAUGAUUCCAGAUUGAGGCAAAUGAAAUAUGUACACAAGCAUAUAUAUUAUAUAUAUAAGUACUGUAUAUAUAAUAUAUAUUAAUGAUGAUGUAGUACAGACAGCUUAAAGAGUGUAUGUUUAUGACUUUUUUUCCCAGAGGAAACAGAACAACACAAAGUAACCAAAUCUGGCUGUGUCUGCUCUGAAAUUCAGGGACACUUGUCUUGAAUGAUUCUUUGUUUUUUGUCUUUUUUUUCCUUGGGUAUAAUAAUACUCAGUGGUCAUUUCUGGUGCCAGCCACUUUUACAACAUAACUCAGAAGGACAUCUUCUCAAUGUGUGUUUUAUACUUAAAAACAUUUAGGCUUUUUUUAAACUUAAGAGCUUUCCAAAAAUUUCAGAAUUUUACAGGCUGUCAUACGUACACUGCUCCAAUUUUUUACAAGCCUUACUGAAGAACAGAAACGUUGCCUUUCGAUUGCGUCCCUCACUCCCGCCACCAGUUGAAUCAUCUUUCUCCUGUGUAGAGAAGGUAUAGCCACACCAUCAGAAUGCAAUGUGGUUUGUCAGAUGUUUACAGGACACUCUGUUCCUUUAGAUUAGGUUAUUUAAAUUGUAUUAUUUAGCCAAAUCCUGCUGGAUUCAGUGUUGUAAAUUUAAGAGGCUAGAACUACUGUACAAGUUACUUUUGUUUCUCGGACCUUCCAUUACUGGGACAAGAAGUCUGGAAUUGAUAGUACCUGCCCCUCAUUUUUGAUACAUGAUAAUAUUUUAUUUAUCGGUGUGAUUUCUCAGUGGAUGAAUAUUUUAAUCUAUUUAAUAGAAAAGCAAUGUUCAACUUAGCUUUUACAAACUAGCUGUAGCAUUUUAUUUGGGUUACUUGCUAUUUAUACAUAGAAUUAUGGGUACUUCAGACUGCUGCGAUGUUUAUAAAUUUUCCAGAACAGCCAUCUGUCAUCCAUCUAUUUCUUUUUCUUUCUUUAAUCCUUGUCUCAUACUUAAUAGGAGGUUUUGGUACCCUUUAUACAGGAUUGUCGAUGAUUGUAAAGUGCCCUCUGCAAUCAGCUAGUCCCAGUUCAGCAGUGCGAAUAGUUUUAAUCGUCAUAUCAAAGUUUUAACCUGGUGUAUUUGAACGGAAGAAGCCCAUUUGCUCCUCAGGCUCACAUACAGUUGCUCAUUGAUUAAAGUAAUUUUUUAUCUAUAUUAAUUGCUUUUGGGAUUGGAAAAUGAGAACUGGUGUUUGAGGCAAGAGGAGGAAAAGGUGAUCGUGUGCUUUGUGUUCCUUUGCUGGUUCGAUAAAAUCAACGAACUGUUUUUAGUAGGGUGAAUUUCCAGAGCCUUGUGUUGGAAAUCGUCCUAAACGGUCUAUUGUUUGCUGAAAGUAUGUACGUGUAUCUUCCAUGCAGUGUUGUCUUUUUCAAGUUUUUUAAAUGAAAUUAAGGGUCUGAUGCCCCUCUCCGUGAUGGCUGGGAGCUGGUCUGUCCAUGCAACCUGAUGCUUUUCUGCCUUGCACUUUGCAAAUUUUGAGUCCCUGUGCAGCAAAUCAUUUAAGCACGUGUUUAUCUUUAAACCUGUUAAAUCUAACCCAGUCCUGCAGAGCUCUUAAGACAAUGCAAGGUGCUUUUCUGGAUCUGGGCCCUUAGGUGGUGUGCAGGGAAUACACCUUAGCAAACGAGAACGGCAGCAAUUCACACUGCUUCAGCACAGGAGUGUAAAUGGUAACACGCUCUUGGAGUGGAGUCAGGUCCUUUUACUUUCCAUCUGUCAGUGCUUAAGAAACCACCAGCUAUCUCUAGCGAGAUGAAAAGUAGCAUUUAUAAACAAUUUAUAGAAGACUAGAGUGACUGCCUGACUUUUAAUUCCUGAUUUUUUUGUAAAGGUUUAAUGUAUUGUUUACAAUUAAGCAGUCCUAUUUGAAGAACUCUCUUACACUUUAUGUACAUUUUUAAGAGAUGAAAGCAAAAGCUUAAGCUCAUUCUUCUCCUGGCUUUACUGAAAUACCAAAAGGUGGUUGUUGUUUUGUGGUUGUGUUUUUCUUUUUUUUUUUUUGAGAGCUUUUAAGCUGGUAGAGAUCAAUAUAUUGAUAUCUCGCUUUAAGAUAUCUACAGAUUUUUAAGGUAUCUGCAGAUAUUUCAAAAGCUCUGUAGAUCUUUGAUAUCUGUGCUCAGGUAAUUUUACACAAAAGAAAACAAAUCUACGGUAAACUUUAGAUAUGAGCCUUAAACUUGGGUGGGACUAAUGCUAAAUGAUUGUCAUGGAGCAUUCUUGCAGGCUUAAUGUGUUACGCUUUUUAGCUAGAAGUGUAAGUUGUCCAUUUGUUAUUCAGUCCUUUUCUGCAGUUAAUAUCUCAAGUCUGUUUCUUUUUUUUUUUUUCUCAAAGCAUGUCAGCAGAUUCUUAAGGGAGGCUGUUUGUGGACAGAGACAGAGAAUUUGCGAUUCCUUCCCACUAUUGCAAACGGGCAGAUCAUAUGCCUGCACUGUUUACGCAGUGGCACUUGAAAGCCUGAUGAAUUUGCAGAACUGCCAGUCCUGCGAAUCCAAACGUGAAUGCUCGAUGUUGUAUAUUCAAUGUGUUAUACUGUCUAUGUAACAAUCAGUGUUUUAGGUCCAUUCUUUUCUGUUCUAGUCAGUCCUUUCAGUGUUAAGAGCAUCCUGUAAAAUUUAAAUAUGUUGAAUUGUCCCAGCCCCACCUCAACCUUAUGAAGCCAUAUUGUAUUUUUUUUGGUGACAUGUACACCUGCUUAUGCAUUUGUACAUGUAAUGUAAAUUUGAAGUAUUUUUAACAAUGUGUGCCUUUACUCUAAAGUGAUUUAAAGUAAACAGCAGUAUGUUCUAUGAUAUAAAAAAUAAAAUAUUUUAACCACC